ACACUCCUCUCUUUCCUUGUCAACAUGACUUCUACCUACAAUGCUGUACAGAAAUCCCUGUAGGGCUUCACUCUGCACUUCUGACAUGCCACUCUCUGGCUGGACCGUUGUUCUGUGGUCACAGCCAGGCCCAGGACAGGUACCUCCACCCCAAAAACUUCCCAUAACUUUCCCCAUCUUUACUAUCUUGUAAAGCACAGCAGAUUAUAGGUGACUCUUUGCAGCUGUGGGAACCCAGACGUGUCUGAACUGUCCGCAGUACUGAGCAAAAGGUGGAAUCAUUCAGGAGCAGGAAUUCUACUCUGAGGAUUCUUAGCCAGGUCACCAUGUCUGUGAGCAGGAAAAAUUCCGGACGACGCUCCUAUUACUACCGCUUUUUGGGGAGAUCACAGCUCCAGAGGCAGCGCAGUCGGUCGCGGAGUCGCAGCAGACCGCCCAGGAGGGCAGAAUCACCAUCUGAGAAGUCAGGGAGGAGGCGGAGCAUGCCGGGGAGCACAGCAGAAAAAAGCCCUACCAUGGAGCCUGCUGCCACCACGCCAUUCCGAGUGACGGGCUUUCUCAGCCGUCGCCUUAAAGGCUCCAUCAAACGGACAAAGAGCCAACCGAAGCUCGACCGAAACAGCAGCUUCCGCCACAUCAUCCCAGGCUUCCGAAGCAUCGACAAUGAUCGGUCACAUCUAAUGCCGAGAUUGAAGGAAUCACGCUCACACGAAUCUUUACUUAGUCCCAGCAGCGCGGUCGAAGCUCUUGAUCUCAGCAUGGAGGAAGAGGUGGUCAUCAAGCCUGUCCAUAGCAGCAUUCUGGGCCAGGACUUUUGCUUUGAGGUUACAGCAUCCUCUGGAAGUAAAUGUUUCUCCUGUCGAUCAGCAGCUGAACGUGACAAAUGGAUGGAAAACCUGCGUCGUGCUGUUCAUCCCAAUAAGGACAAUACCCGCCGAGUUGAGAAUAUGCUUAAAUUGUGGAUUAUUGAAGCCAAGGACCUUCCUGCAAAGAAGAAAUACCUAUGCGAGCUGUUUUUGGAUGAUGUCCUUUAUGCACGAACUACCUGCAAGCUAAAAACGGACAAUGUCUUCUGGGGGGAGCAUUUUGAGUUCAACAAUCUGCCAGCACUGAAGAGCAUAACGGUGCAUUUAUACAAGGAGACAGAUAAGAAGAAGAAGAAGGAUAAGAACAGCUACAUGGGACUGGUCAAUAUCCCUAUCGCUGCAGUGACAGGGCGCCAGUUUAUGGAGAAAUGGUACCCUGUGGUGUCCACAAACACUAGCAAGGGAAAAUCGGCUGGCCCCAUGAUUCGAAUCAAGAGCCGCUACCAGAGCAUCAACAUCCUUCCCAUGGAGAUGUACAAAGAGUUUGCUGAGUACAUCACUAAUAACUACAUGAACUUGUGCUCCACCCUGGAGGGUGUCCUCAGCGUCAAGAACAAAGAGGAAAUGGCAUCCGCGUUGGUCCAUAUACUGCAGAGCACUGGGAAGGCCAAGGACUUCCUCACUGAUUUAAUGAUGUCUGAAGUGGAUCGAUGUGGAGAUAAUGAACACCUGAUAUUUCGGGAAAAUACACUGGCCACAAAGGCCAUCGAGGAGUAUUUGAAACUAGUGGGACAGAAAUAUCUACAAGAUGCUCUAGGCGAAUUCAUCAAAGCACUAUACGAAUCAGAUGAGAAUUGUGAGGUUGACCCCAACAAGUGUUCUGCCUCUGACCUCCUGGAACAUCAGGGCAACUUGAAGAUGUGCUGCGAACUGGCUUUCUGCAAAAUCAUCAACUCCUACUGCGUCUUCCCUCGGGAGUUGAAGGAGGUCUUUGCAUCAUGGAGACAAGAGUGUAACAGCCGUGGUCGUCCCGAUAUCAGUGAGAGGCUUAUUAGUGCCUCCUUGUUUCUGCGCUUCUUGUGCCCCGCCAUUAUGUCCCCAUCACUGUUCAACCUUCUCCAAGAAUACCCAGAUGACCGGACCGCCCGCACCCUGACGUUGAUUGCCAAAGUCACCCAGAACCUCGCCAACUUUGCCAAGUUUGGCAGUAAAGAAGAGUAUAUGUCUUUUAUGAAUCAGUUCUUGGAACACGAGUGGACGAACAUGCAGCGCUUUUUGUUGGAGAUCUCCAACCCUGAGACCAUUUCCAACACAGCUGGCUUUGAGGGCUACAUUGACCUGGGCAGGGAAUUGUCCACACUGCACUCGUUGCUCUGGGAGGUCAUCUCGGUUGAUCAGGCCACAGUAACCAAGCUUGGUCCUCUUCCUCGUAUCCUGCGUGAUGUGAAUACAGCACUCAGCAAUCCAACCAGCAUACAGAGCUCUGUCACAAGCGAUCACUCUGCCUCCACGCCAAAUGCCAGCAACAAUAUCUCUGUAGGUCUCCAAAAGAUGGUAAUAGAGAACGACUUAUCUGGUCUGAUAGAUUUCACCCGGUUACCCUCUCCAACACCUGAAAACAAGGACUUAUUUUUUGUCACAAGGUCUGCUGGAGUCCAGCCCUCGCCAGCACGAAGCUCCAGCUACUCUGAGGCCAAUGAACCUGAUGUACAAAUCACGAAUGGUAGCAAGAGCCUGUCUAUGGUGGACCUGCAGGACAAUCGGGUACUGGACGUUGGUACCAACACAUCAGGGAUUGGAGACUCUCUGAACGACAGUCAGACAUCUUUUAGUCAGCUUCAGGCAAUAUGGACCGCACGGACGCCACAGGGUAAUAUAAUGACCAUGACAACAGCCCGAAGAACAGGGCAAACACCAACCACUCCAAAUGCAGAUGCCACAUUGGGUAGGCCACAGCUCCUGGCACCUCUAUCAUUCCAGAACCCUGUGUACCAAAUGGCAGCAGGUUUGCCGGUAUCACCACGGGGUUUGGGAGACUCUGGUUCUGAAUGUCAUAGUUCUCUUAGCUCCCACAGUAACAGUGAGGACUUGGCAGGGAGCAAACAUGGCUUUAUUAACCUUGGAAGUAGCGAGGAAUUCAGUAGACGAUCUGGGGACAUGUCACGUAGGCAGUUAUCUUUGACUGAAAAGGCUGGACAGCCAACUAUGCCACGGCAGAACAGCUCGGGUCCUCAGAGGAGAAUAGACCAGCCACCACCUCCUCCACCACCACCAAUGACCAGAGGAAGGACACCACCAACGUUGCUCAAUACAGCACCUUACCCUAGGCCAUCAAGUGGCAGUAUGAUGUCCUCGUCACCAGAUUGGCCUGGCAGUGGAGCUCGAAUGAGGCAGCAAUCCUCAUCAUCUAAAGGGGAUAGUCCAGAGAUGAAGCAGAGAACAGUGCACAAACAGGCCCCUUCACCUGUGAACCCCAAUGCUCUGGACCGCACAGCCGCAUGGCUCUUGAAUAUGAAUAUGAUGUUAGAAGAUGAAAGCAUUGAGCCAGAUUUCAAGCACAGGGAUAAUAUGAGGAAUAAGGAGGAGAUGACCCAAAUAGAAAAGUUUCAUGUUCACAACACCAGAGAGACAUUAUGGAGGCUAUACCAGCAGGAGAUCAUGGUCCUUCAAGACAAGCUGCGCCUUUCCAACAUGAAACUGGAGGAAUAUGAGAACCGCUGCAAAAGCCAAGAUGAGCAGACACAGAAGAUUCUACUGGAAUACCAGGCACGACUGGAGGAGAGUGAAGAGCGCUUGCGCAGACAGCAGGACGACAAGGAGAUGCAGAUGAAGGGCAUUAUAAGCAGGUUGAUGUCUGUGGAGGAGGAGUUGAAGAAGGACCACGCAGAGAUGCAGGCAGCUGUAGACUCCAAACAGAAGAUUAUUGAUGCACAGGAAAAACGUAUUGCCUCACUAGAUGCCGCCAACGCCAGGUUAAUGAGUGCCCUAACGCAGCUAAAAGAGAGUAUGCCUUAGAAAAAAAAUCAUCAUUAAUCUGGAAUACUGUCCACUUAAUAUUUGGGGAAAGUCUCUGCUUGGAAAAAUAAAGGCACGGAAGAAUGUAAGUGAUCUAAAAUACAGAGAACCAGCUCCAUGAUUUGCCUGCGGAUUUUCCCCUUAUCUGGCGAGUCCCCAUGCAGAGGGAUUUUUUUUAUCUGUGUUGGAGAAUGCAGAUUCAUCCCACUGAUAGCAGCCUGCUAAUCAGUAAAUUCCUGUUUAAAAAAUAGUAAUAAUGACACCUUCCAUGCUGCUCACUAGCACUGUGUGCUCCAUCCCAAACUUUUAAACAGCCUUUGCACAGUUUGGACUUAACCUGAGAUGGGACUGACCAGCCUGAAAACUUUGUGGCUUUUUUGGAUAAUUGUAUGUAGUAAUCUUAUUUUUACUGCCUGAACUAGGACAAUAUAAAACCAAUUUCAUCUGUGGCCACUCCAAGGAGCCAAAACACUGACAUUUGGAGUUCCGAGUCCACAAAAGCAAAAACAGAAAAAUGCUGCUUUCGGGGGUUAAAACUCCAAAGACCUUUUUGUACAGUUUAAUAUUAUAAUCGAAUAAAGGACAAAACUGCGGUCUUUUACCUCUACCUUCCAUUAUGGAAAAUAAAAGAAUGUAUACUGUUGUAGAUAACUAUAAAACUGAAGAAAAUUACACAGGAAGACUUGGAAGUAUCAAUAUUUUUUUAUUUUUUAACGUGAAUUUUUUUUUUAAUUAUAUUGUGACGUUUGUGUUUAAAAUUAAACUAUAAGUAAAGAGCCAAGUCUAUACAUGACAUAACUCUGUAUCUUGUAAAAUAUGCAAUAGCAAAAAUACUGAACGGGUGUAGUCUUUCAAAUAAUUGUCCUAAAUAUAUAAACUGAACUAAAAACAGGAAAAAAAACACCUUGGUUCUCCUGUUCGCAACUAUUGUUAUUUAUAGGAUGAUAUGAAGACAUCUAGUCCAAUUUUGUUUUUUGAUAUAUAUAUAUUAUUAUUUUUUUUGCAGUGGAAGUCAUGCUGAGGGAGAGUAACACUCAGCCAUUAAAGAUUGUACUUGUCCAUGACACAACUGAAAUAAAUAUAAUUUUAUUUCUGUUACAGAUGCUAGUACUUUUUCUAUAUCUUAGAUAGAGGUUUCCCUCAUAUCCAAGUCUACAGAACAAUAAAUAGUGUGUAACACACAACCCACAGUACCGUGAAGUACAUUAUGCUCCUACUUCAUUGCUACAAAAAUAAAUCAUAUUGAUUAAAAGAUGACCAAAUGUGAAAUCUCCCCUAAGCACUUACACAGUGAUUUCCUUCAAAUGCAUGAAUAAUAUUUGUGGCAAACAAUACAGUACAAAAA